ACAUAACUGCAUGACUUGUGUGCUCUACACAAAUCUUUGAUCGUUAAAAAAAUGAUUUAGCAACUAUUCAAGUGAUAUUAUCUCAUAGCUGUCGUCAGCCAGUGUUUCCAGAGACAUUUGUAAAAACUGGUGACAUAUUCGAAAAAUUAGCUGUCACCGAAAAAUGGCUGCAGAUGAUAAAGUAUUCUUUACAAAAACAGUACAACAUUUGGCAAGAUCUUUGGCAGGAAUAAAACCCACACCAUGGGAGAAGGUGAAUCGACUCUUCAAGUUAUGUCCCCAAGAGUCAGGUCAAGGAGUUUUUCGUAUUGAUCAACGUGGCCAGGACGCAAUAAUAGCUCUAGGAAUUUACUUCCUGGAAUCAGACCUCCAACACAGGGAGAAAAUCCUCCCCUAUUUGCUACGUCUUCUACGAGGGCUGCCAAAAGUCGUCUGGCUGGACGAAAUAAGAGUGACACCAGUGGAAAGAAUUCCAGUGGCUGAACGAUUCAGCUUCUGCCUAAAUACUCUCCUGAGUGAUGUAGCAGCACGAGGAGAAACAGCAUGUGACGAGAUAAUAGCCACCCAGGUAGAAAUCCUCUCGGUAAUAACGAAUCUAAUCAGAAGUUGCAAAGAGCAAAAUGGAGCUCGUGGACUCCAGGCGAAAUUGUCCCUCUGCAAAUGUGUGGUGCCAGUUUUGUUUGGUCUGGCACGUUCUAUGGGACGAUUUGCUACUGUUGAUCCUCCCCUGCUCUGCAGGAUAUUUCCUCAGCCAGAGCCACCGAUGAAGAACAACAACGAGGCAUCACCCAACAAGAGACACAGGAGUUUCUCCAAUUUUCGACCAAUAAUUCCUCGAUCACUCAGUGGAAAUCUCAAUCCACACUCCUCUAUCGAUAGCACUCAGUCUGCAUUGACAGCUGGAGAAGAUUAUGCUCCCACGAAGAGACCGUCAUUGCAUUCUUAUUUAUCGGUUCCCUACGAUCCAUGCACUUAUUUUUUCACUCGAUACGGCUCGUGCUUCAAUCAAUUCCCGCAGAUGAGGUGCAAUGAGAGCCCUGAGAAGAGGACUGGACUGCUCUUCAGUAUUGUUCAUCUCCAGAGCGUUCUAGCUCUUGCUAAAAAAUUGUUGACCAAGGACACGUUGGCUUUCCUCGAUGAUGAGGCCCAGCAGAUUUAUUUCUCUGGACAAAUACAGAUAUUCCCUUACCGAUCGUUCAGUGAGACCAUGAAUCUAGUUAUGGUCGCUCUGCUCAGGGAAUUACUGCAGAAUCAACGAGAUCUUCCCGCUCCAUUCACAAGGGAUGUUCAGGAAUUUGUUAAAGGAUUAUUUCUCUCUGGACAGACUGAGCUCCAAUCACGACAGCACGAUGCCAGUGAGCGAGAGGACGCCGACACCAAUUUCAGGACAGUUAAUCGGUUUAAAGUGAAUGUCAUGGCGAAUUCUGCUUGUGUGGAUCUCCUCGUCUGGGCGAUUGGCGAUGAAACAGCAGCACUUGGGGAAUACGAUUUGGCCGCACUACUCGCGGAUCUCAGUUCCAUGCUCAUUGGCGAGGGUGCUGACAGUCUCUGCAGUCGACUAACAGAGAAAAUAAACUCGAAUCACGGUCCUAAGCUGGUGCUGGCGCACAUGCCACUGCUGAUGGUGUGUCUGGAGGGUCUGGGAAAGCUCGCCCAGAAAUUUCCGAACAUCGCGAUAACAUCUAAAUACAAUCUUCGGGACUUUCUGAUGAAUCCCUCUCCGAUUCUCGUUAAACUCCAUCGACAAUUCAGUGACAAAGUUGUGAAAGAUCCUCAAUUUCACACGACAGUGAUCCAAGGAAAAGAUGCUGAUAAUCACCGAUCAGUCUCGCCCUCGCAGGCUGCAUUCGAGAAACUUCGAGACGCAGCGAUUGGAAAUCUGUGCAUUGCCCUGGAGGCAGCACAGCCAGUCUAUCCAAACUGUGUGCCCGCUCUCGUCAGCAGUGCAUCAACGAGAAUGUGCAGUCUGGAGAAGAGUGACAACACUGAGAAAUUAUCGAAUCAACUUGUAGGCGAGAAUAUCAUGAUAAUGCUGGGUCACGUGGCAGUCGCCCUGAGAGACACUCCCAAAACUACGAGCAGUAUUUUACAAUUUUUCGAGCAGUGCUUCUGCAGAGAUCCCAGCGCCCUGGACAGCCUGAUAGUCGAUCAAUUGGGAUGUAUGAUAAUAGCUAAAUGCGAGGCACGAGGUGAAAUAAUGCAGAUGUUCUCAGUCUCCCUGGAGUCGAGUUGUGUUGCUUAUGGGACGAACUCUGAUAGGAAGCAAUACAGACACGUCACUGGGGCAGUGACAAAUGCUCUUGCUAAUAUCGCAGCGAAUCUCCAGGGUGAAGCUGAGCUGGACAAACUCCUCCUGCGACUACUCCAGCUGUUCGUGUCGAUGGGCCUCGAGGGGAAACGACAGAGUGAGAAAAUUGUCAAUAAUGCGACUUCAACGACGUCAACCAUGACGAAAGUUUCGAGUGUAGCUGGAAAUCUUGGAGCCUUGAUACCAGUCAUCGCUAUAUUAGUCAGGAGACUUCCUCCUAUCAGACACCCCAGCACCAGAGUUUUAAAAUUAUUUAAAGACUUCUGGCUUUAUUGCGUGGUCUUCGGUUUUGUACCAGUGGAGCCCCAAUCUGCUAGGCUCUGGCCAGGAGAAUGGUACGAGGGAGUCAAAGAAAUUGCCAUUAAAUCCCCAUAUCUGAUAGCUCAGACCAACGCCAAAUUGGAGAUGCGGGAGCUACAGUACACGUCAGCUGUUCGUAACGAGAGUGUUUCUCUGAGUGAACUCCAGGAGCUGCGAAAUCAAAUCCUCAGAAUGAGUAUUAGAUCAUCGGACAUUGGUGCGUACGUCGCCAAAAUGCAGUUCGCACAGAUUACUUAUUUGUUAUCUGUUUACUGGGUAGAGACAUUGCGCGUUGCCAACAGCUCUGAACCCAGUCUCGAGCCAAUAAUGGAGUACCUGAGUGACUCUGACCUGCAGAAGGAUAAAAGUGGAAUGUGGCAGUGCAUCUGUAGCGUUGGGGACUCUGUAUUUGCAAAAUUCAAGGACGUUAUGCAGAGAAAACCAAAGGACGAGAAACGUGAACGAGAGCUUGAAAAUCACACGCAGUUCCUUCUAGUCAAUUUUAAUCACGUGCACAAACAGAUCAGACGAGUUGCUGACAAAUACUUGAGUGCACUGGUCGAUGCAUUUCCCCAUUUAUUAUGGAACUGCAGAGUCCUGUGGAGUAUGUUGGAUAUUCUCCAGGUGUUGGCAUUCUCUUUGCAGUUGGAUCCUAACGAGGAGAGCCCAUCAUUGAGAAUUCCAGGAACUCCUUAUACAAUUCACCUGAUGGAUUCCCUAGAGGCGCGAGAAAUAAUCGUCAAGGAUUUCGCAGCCAGAUGUAAAGGAAUCGUCCAGGAGGCGAUGAAAUGGGCGCCCCACGCCACAAGAUCUCACCUGCAGGAGUAUAUAAAUCAAAUUCCCUCCUCAGGGAUGUGGCAUCAUGCAGGAUUGGCUCUGGCCACAGAUUCAGUAUUAGAGUUCGUUGAUUUGGCUGCCCCAACCACUGGCCCUACAAACACAAACUCCUUGGAUAAGAGACCCAGAGGAACCAAAGGUGCCAGUUCCUGGCUGCUCUCUAUGAUGUCAAGGAGGUCGUGGUACGCUGGAGAGGUCACUGGAAUGCUGGCGCUUGCCCACGCAGAGACGUCAUCAGAAGAGCAAUCCCUCGAGGAUGGCAGAAGAAUAGUAAUUGAUCGAGUAAUUGGGGCUGUAGAACACGCAUGUCACAGUCAAAACGACAAACUCCAUCAGGCAGCCCUUUGGCGAGCCACAGCCCUCUUAAUUUCCAUUCCCGGGGUUCACAGGCGACUUCUCCACACAGUAGCUGGAUCUCAGAUCAAAUUAUUCACUCACAAUGCGAUGCUAACAGCUGUCGAGUGCUGGCAGUGGAUUUUGACAGCUCGUCCUGACCUCAAACUCCGUUUUCUCCAGGAGAUGCUCGGGGCAUGGCAGCACACGGUGGACAAAAAAAUGGGACUAUUCUCGCCAGGAUCGGAGGAAGUCAGUCCCCUGGCUGUUUACGAGGGUUGCGAGCUAGAUCCCAAUCCACCUUACGUUAAACCACACGAGAUAUGGGUGGCAUUUAUCGUGGAAUUAAUUGAAACAGCGAAGUACUGCUGUCAAGAGACCGUCGAGAUGAUUGCAAUGCUGUUGCAUCGAUCAUUACCAAUGACCGUUGGAGCCAGUGGAGAGGAGCCUAUCCUCAACAGACACGUGGCUGCUGUUGGGGCGCGUUUUAAAUUAUUAUCCUGUGGCCUUCUUCUCUUGCAGGGUGACACUUUACCAAAAUCACUGAGUAAAAAUGUUCUUCGCGAGAGAGUGUAUUGCAAUUGUCUGGAUUAUUUCUGUCGUGAGAGGCAGACACCGACUCAGGAGCCUGACCAAUUGAGAGAGGAUAUCGUGACGUUGAUGAGAUUCUGGCAGGUGAUGCACAGUGAUAAAAAGUACCUGAUGAUGACUGGUGAGGGUGAUUUUGAGAUGCUCAUAGAGCAUCAGACGAGUUUAGUAGCGAACGAUUCUAUAUCGACGAUUAAUUCAUUGGCUCCAUCGAAGGAUACCAUGAAACAGCCAGCAAGUGUCUGGAUUAAUACUGUACCACUUUCAACAAGUAGUAAUGCCCUUGGAAAGAGAAGCAAUCGAAGUAAACGAAUGAUGCACGGUAAUGUUUUCGUCAAGGACUACAUAAAGAAGAGGAAUUUAAUUCUGGAGCUGUUGGCUGUAGAGAUCGAACUCCUCUUGGUAUGGCACAAUCCUGGAGGCAGGCAGGAGCUUCAGGUCCCCGGAGAGGCCUCAAUUGCUGAAUGGAGAGCUAAAUCAAUGAAUGAACGAUGGCGGGAUUACACUAGACUUGCCUGGGACAUCAGUCCUGUUCUCGCAGUGUUUUUACCUGUUCGUUUGAGAAAUUCGGAUACGAUCAUCAGGGAAGUUUGUAGAUUAGUCAGACUCAAGCCAAUUCCAGUGAUGCAUGUGCCCGAGGCUCUCCAGUACCUCGUCACGACUGAUUCGUUGUUGAAUGAUUCUCCUGAGCUGGUGUUCAUGCUCACCUGGGCGAGAAUAUCACCGAUUCAGGCGUUGGCUUAUUUUUCUCGACAGUUUCCACAUCAUCCCAUAUCUGCACAGUACGCUGUAAGAGUUCUUGGGAGUUAUCCCGCUGAUGCUGUCUUGUUUUACAUACCACAGUUGGUUCAGGCUGUUCGUCAUGACUCCAUGGGUUACGUUAUUGAAUUUAUCAAGGCUAUUGCUAAAAGAUCACAGGUUGUGGCUCAUCAGCUGAUCUGGAAUAUGCACGUCAAUAUGUACAGAGACGAGGACAAGCAGAUCAAGGAUCCUGAUUUAUUUGACACUCUUGAUGCAUUGGUCAAGGCCAUUCUCUCCUCACUCUCUGGACCUGCCAAGCAAUUCUACGAGAGGGAGUUUGAUUUCUUCGAGAAGAUAACGAAUAUCUCUGGGGAGAUAAGACCCUAUCCUAAGGGCCCUGACAGGCGGGAAGCCUGUCUCAAGGCUUUGAGGAAUAUCACGGUGCAGCCUGGGUGUUAUCUACCCUCCAAUCCUGAGGCUAUGGUCAUUGAUAUCGAUUACAAGAGUGGGAGACCUCUCCAGAGUGCUGCCAAGGCUCCUUUCCUCGCUCGAUUCAAAGUCCAGAAGUAUGGGAUUAAGGAGUUGGAGAAUAUUGCGAUGGCAGUCUCUGCCAAUGGAAAAGUCGAGACCAAGUGCGCUGGACAGGAAGUCUGGCAGGCUGCUAUCUUCAAAGUUGGGGAUGACGUGAGACAGGAUAUGCUGGCACUACAAGUCAUUGGGAUUUUUAAGAAUAUUUUCCGGAAAGUCGGGCUGAAUUUAUUCCUGUUUCCUUACAGAGUUGUCGCCACUGCACCUGGGUGUGGCGUAAUUGAAUGCGUACCAAACGCUGAAUCCCGCGACCAAUUGGGACGUCAAACAGACUUUGGAAUGUACGAGUACUUCCUGGCGAAGUACGGGGAUGAAACAAGCAAGGAAUUCCAGACUGCCCGACGGAACUUCGUCAAGUCCAUGGCUGCGUACAGUGUUAUUACAUAUCUCUUGCAGAUAAAAGAUCGUCACAACGGCAAUAUUAUGCUCGACGACGAGGGUCACAUAAUUCAUAUCGACUUUGGAUUUAUGUUCGAGAGUUCACCAGGCGGUAAUCUAGGAUUUGAACCUGACAUCAAGCUCACCGACGAGAUGGUACUGGUGAUGGGUGGAAAAAUGGAAGCUGCACCUUUCAAGUGGUUCAUGGAAUUGUGUGUGCAGGCAUUUCUUGCUGUCAGGCCUUAUCAGGAGGCCAUUAUUUCUCUAGUCUCGUUGAUGCUCGAUACUGGAUUGCCCUGUUUUCGGGGUCAAACUAUCAAAUUAUUGCGCAGUCGAUUUGCACCGAUGGCUAAUGAUCGAGAUGCUGCUGCAUUUAUGCUGAAUGUCAUUCGCAACAGCUUCCUCAAUUUCCGUACAAAAACAUACGAUAUGAUACAGUAUUAUCAAAAUCAAAUCCCUUAUUGAUUAUCGAACUGGUCACGGCCUGUAAAACUGGUGCCAAUGAAUCAUACACUAUUAUCUUCGGUUUGUAAAUACUUGCAUUGCUAGCAAUUGGGAGAAAUCUCUUAUGAGCUGCAAUGAGGGGAAGUAAGAACGGGGAUGAUGUAUUGUAAUUGUGAAUUAAUCAUUGUAAACUAUUGAGAAAAAUUUAACUUAUCAAAUUUUCUGAUUUUGGUCCAUGUAUUAUGGCUACCUGCACUGUAACUCAUUCCAUUUUAUUUACUCGCUAUGAUUGUAUUCAAUGAGAGA